AUGUCCCUGUCAAGCGCCUUUGCAUUUCUCUGGCCAGAGCCCAAUGCCACGCUCACAUCUCGGCUUCCAUUCGCAGCAUUGGUACUGAUGGGUUACAUGGCUCUCUGUUCUUCGCUUCGCUUCAAACGCGUUGAGAGUAUGCAGAAAAGACUCGGGUUUCAAUCCCGCGACUCACUGUCGCGAAUGACAAACACUCAAGCCCGUGAUAUCGUCCACUCUGCGGCGAGCUACGAGUUUCCUUUGUUUUAUGAUCUUGCAUUGCGCGUUGCUCUCUUCAGAACAUACACAGUAGACAACAUCGGUAAGCUGUUGAUGUCGGCCAGCGAUCUCAACAAGCAAACAACUGCUGCAAAAAGAUACGAAGACACUGAAGUUAUCUUCACCUGCUUUUUCAAGUUUGCUCCAAACUCGGUGCAUCUUCACAAGGCUGUCGCUCGCAUGAACUUCCUUCAUCAGUCAUAUAUUAAGUCCGGGAAGAUCCUAAAUAAGGAUCUACUGUAUGUACUAUAUGCAUGA